AUGCGUAACCUCCGCAACGUAAGAUAUAACGCUUGGAAGUCAUCAACCGAUUUAACCGAAGAGGUUAUCACAUCAACAUGUUGGGACCCAGCCAAAGAUGAGGUCUUGUGCACUUUCGGUCCGAGCAAAAAAGAUGGGCGCAUUCGCCUAGUAAGGAUAUUGGAACAUGUGAGGGCCUCGUCUAUAGACAUUGAAUGUCAAGAUGUCGCAUCGUGGGAUGCCCCAAGUCCAAAUCCUGAUUUGGCUGUGGAUAGAGUCGUAAGCUCGCAUCACUUCAGUGAUACCUUGACAACUUGCUUGGUUCUUGAAGGAGGCGACAUAGUUGUCGUCCAAGAAUCAGAGGGUCCGAACCCUCAUGAUGGAGUUCACAUCGAGAUCGAGGGAUCUGUAGAUGAGGGCAUCACAGCUGCAAGCUGGUCUCCGGAUGAAGAGUUACUAGCCAUAACUACCAAGUCAAACACAGUGAUCUUCAUGAGUCGUAGUUUCGAUUGCAUAGCAGAUAUGACUAUGAGCGGCGAUGAUCUCAAGGCAUCCAAGCACGUCUCUGUUGGCUGGGGCAAGAAGGAAACACAAUUCCAAGGCAGAGGCGCUAAAGCCCUAAGAGACCCUACUAUACCAGAAAAAGUAGACCAAGGCAUACUCAGCCCCAAUGAUGAUGGAAGUACAUCCAUUAGUUGGAGAGGCGACGGUGCAUAUGUCGCAAUUAACUCUAUUGAGACUGGCAUCCGCCGAGUUAUUCGGGUAUACUCCCGAGAUGGUGUUCUUGAUAGCGUAAGUGAACCCGUUGAUGGUAUGGAGUGUGCUUUAAGCUGGAGGCCAGUUGGGAAUUUGAUUGCAUCUAUGAAACGCUUCGAGGACCGUGUGGAUGUUAUAUUCUUUGAGAGAAAUGGCCUUAGACAUGGCCAAUUUUCCCUAAGAGCCCCUGAAGGCAGGUCAUUCUCAAAUGACCGGAUACGGCUUGAGUGGAACUCAGAUUCUACGGUCCUUGCCGCUACGCUUGAUGAUCGAAUUCAACUUUGGACUAUGGGCAAUUACCACUGGUAUCUGAAGCAAGAAAUCAUCACGCAGAGGCGUCCACUCUCCCUUACAUGGCAUCCUGAAAAAUCACUGCGUUUCGCGUCGGCCGUCCCAGAUAGACUAUUGCUCACUGAGUAUAUUUUCGAGGUUACUCGAGGGUCGCUGACGCCCCCAUAUGAUUAUGGAGCCGUUGCUGUCAUAGACGGGAAGACACUCAAGCUCACCCCCUUUCGAACAGCUAACGUUCCUCCUCCAAUGGCAUUAUUUGAACUGCAGGCAUCAUCGCCGAUUAUCGAUGUGACCUUCUCCCCAGCAAACACGUUCAUGGCCGUUCUCCAUCAAUUCGGCGCAGACGUAUAUGAAUGGAAAUUAAAGGGGCAACGUUCUCUACCUCCAUCUUUAGUAGGCAGCGUGACUUUCGCUAAAGAUAACUCGGACAACGACUAUCAACCUUUGCAAAUUGCCGUUACCGAGAAUAGUGUUAUCCAUUGCCUCGGGUUUGAAAAGGGCCCCGUGAUCCAGUCGCACCCCUUUGACCGAACUACGGGUGAAUUCUCAUCUAAUUCGAGCAUAUAUGCUGGUUCAAUGUUUGGCUUUGUGCGCCUAACCCAAUCAGGAUCUACAGAGGUCCUUGUUCAAGAUUGCCUAGGUAGAUUUCAUGGUGUUGUCAACCAACAGGAUGACUUGUACUCAGUCCGCCUUCCGUCUCAGCUUCCGUGGAGUGAAGUCGUCGACCUCGCCGGCAACGUCAUUGCUGUCGGUUUAUCACGAAACGGACAUCUAUAUGCAAAUUCUCGUCUAUUAAUGAAGAAUUGCACAUCUUUUCUUGUUACCCCAGCUCAUCUCAUUGUCACAACAACCAGCCAUCUAGUCAAGUUUAUCCAUUUGGUCGAUGUAGAGAGCUUAGAGGUACCACCAGAUGAUCCUGAAAAGGAUGAGAGGUGUCGGAGUAUCGAGAGAGGUGCAAGGCUUGUGACAGCAAUGCCUACUAAUAUGAGCCUAGUUCUCCAGAUGCCGCGUGGAAACCUGGAAACGAUCUAUCCCCGAGCCAUGGUUGUAGCAGGAAUUAGGCAAUUGAUUGACGCUAAAGAUUACGGAAAAGCAUACUCGUACUGUCGGACCCAGCGUGUGGACAUGAAUAUUCUUUAUGAUCACAGACCGCAGCAAUUCCUUGCUAGUAUUGGACUCUUCCUUGAACAAGUUGGAGAUGUCUCGUAUAUCGAUCUUUUCCUUUCCUCUCUACGAGACGAAGAUGUCACGCAGACCAUGUAUCGAGAUACUAAGGGUGUAAGGAAUCAAGAGUUACCGGAAGUGACUCCUAGCGAGAUCCCUACUGGUAAACCCUAUGACAGUUCAAAGGUCAACACUAUCUGCGACGCGGUGUUGUCUCAUCUCCAAUCUCGCAAGACCAAGGACCAUGACACCCUACAAAACAUUAUCACAGCCAAUGUCUGUAAGGUUCCACCCGCGUAUGAAGACGGGCUGUUAGUUGUUGCCGCUCUAUUGCAAGAAGACGAACAACUUGCCGAGAAAGCUGUCGAGCACAUCUGCUUUCUUGCAGAUGUUAACACUUUAUACGAUGAAGCCUUGGGUCUCUACCAUUUAGACUUAGCGCUACUAGUUGCACAACAGUCUCAAAGAGAUCCUCGAGAGUACCUCCCAUUCCAUCAAAAUCUACAUCUAUUACCCGACUUAAGACGUAAAUUCGCUAUUGAUGAUCAUCUUGGACGGCAUGAGAAAGCCUUGGUUCACCUUCAAACUGUCCAGGCGCAUAAGGAAGCACAAGACUACACAGUCAAGCACGCACUCUAUGCCAUGGCGUUGAAGCUCUACCGCUACGAUCAACCUAACCUUACUAUCCUUACUGCUCUCUAUGCGACGUAUCUCGAGUCUAAGUCUCGUUUGCGAGAAGCGGGUCUCACCUAUGAGUCUCUUCACGACUAUGUAGGGGCUACCAGGUGUUACCGUGCUGCCGGCGCUUCCUGUUGGCGUGAAUGCCUCUUCACGGCACAGCAGCAAUCACCGCCGCUGACUCUAGAUGCGCUCUCUGAUCUCGCAGCAACGCUUGCGGAAGCCCUCUACGAAGCUAAGGACUACGCGUCCGCAGCUGCAAUCCAUCUCGAUCACCUCAACUCACUCGAAAGUGCUAUAUCCUGUCUCUGCAAGGGAUAUCUAUUCGCCGACGCCAUGCGCCUGGUAUCACAGCGCGGGCGCCCCGAACUUUUAACGAGCGCCGUCGAUCCCGGUCUCGCAGACUCUCUAGGUAGUAGUACCGAGUUUUUCGCGGAUUGCAAGGCGCAGCUUCGCGCACAGGUUCCUCGUAUCAUGGAUCUCCGGCGAAAGGCGGCCGAGGACCCGCUAGGUUUCUACGAGGGUGAACGUGCUGGCGCAGGCGAUAUCCCGGAUGACGUGUCGGUGGCAGCCAGCUCACGCAUUAGCACGAGUGCCAGCUUGUUUACACGGUACACGGGCAAGGGAGCAGGAAGCGUGGGGACGGCUGGAACGGGCGUCAGUCGCGCUACGAGCAAGAACCGCCGCCGCGAGGAGAAGAAGCGCGCCCGUGGUCGCAAGGGUACUGUCUAUGAGGAGGAGUACCUUGUCAACAGUGUUCGCCGACUGGUGGAGCGUGUUGAGGGUGCAAAACCAGAUGCUGAGCGUCUUGUCUUUGCUCUCGUACGCCGUGGCAUGCACGAACGUGCUCGUGCUCUCGAAGCACUGGCUGCAGAGGUAGCGGAAGCCUGCAAAGUAGCUGUUAAGGAGGUGUUCGCGGGUACUGGAAACAAGCCGGCUGGUGAAGAAGGCAAAGGAGACGAUGAUGAGGAAUGGAGACCUAUGGGUGCGGAUGGGGUUUUAUACGAGAAUCUCGAGGCUAAGUGGAAGAAGCAGGAACCUCCUGUUAUCACGGCAUUGGAAAGGCUGUCGUUGCUCGGCUCAUAG